AUGGACAGCGAUGUGCCGAUGUUAAAGGAAAGCACGAAAUUCCCAGAAAAAGGAAGAGAAAACGAACACGCGAAUACCGGUUUCUCACAGAAGCGUCUGGCUUUCUUCUUCGAUCGGUCUGCGCGGCUUCCGGUCACUGACUGGCGUGGAAGCGGAGAGGGUUGCCUCUGGGGUCUGGCGGCGCUCCUUCCCCGUCUGGUGUUCGCUCUCCUGCCCCAUCAGGCCUUGCUCGUCUCAUUUCCCAUCCGGCCGUCUUCCCCCGUUCGUGCGCAUGCUGGUGGUGGUAACCGCUCCACCCGUCGCCGCAACAUGCGCCGCCGCAUCAUUGGGAUGCAUGGGCGCGCGAAGCUGGGCAGCGGCGGCGAUGUUCGGACGCUGCGCAUGGUGGAGGCGGACGCCCGUCCCUGCAAUGGGAUGCAUCGCGCGAAGCUCGGUACCUGCGGCGAUGGUGAGAAGCUGACCCGCGGCGGCGGCUAG